GGCGAACUUUUUCCCCGCCAGUCGCUCAAUAUGCCUAAGGAAAAGAUCCACAUCAACAUCGUGGUCAUCGGCCAUGUCGACUCCGGCAAGUCCACCACUACCGGCCACCUCAUCUACAAGUGCGGCGGCAUCGACAAGAGGGCCAUCGAGAAGUUCGAGAAGGAAGCUGCUGAGAUGGGAAAGGGCUCCUUCAAGUACGCCUGGGUGCUGGACAAACUGAAGGCGGAGCGUGAGCGCGGCAUCACCAUCGACAUCGCCCUGUGGAAGUUCGAGACCAUCAAGUACUACGUGACCGUCAUCGACGCCCCUGGCCACAGGGACUUCAUCAAGAACAUGAUCACCGGCACCUCCCAGGCCGACUGCGCCGUGCUGAUUGUUGCCGCCGGCGUUGGCGAGUUUGAGGCCGGCAUCUCCAAGAACGGACAGACCCGCGAGCACGCCCUGCUGGCCUUCACCCUCGGUGUGAAGCAGCUCGUCGUCGGCGUCAACAAGAUGGACUCCACCGAGCCCCCCUACAGCCAGAAGCGUUUUGAGGAAAUCUCCAAGGAAGUCAAAACCUACAUCAAGAGGAUCGGCUACAACCCCAACGGCGUUCCCUUUGUGCCCAUCUCUGGCUGGCAUGGGGACAACAUGCUGGAGAAAAGUGAAAAGAUGAAUUGGUUCAAGACCUGGUCUGUUGAGCGCAAGGAGGGCAACGCCAGCGGAACCACCCUGUUCGAUGCUCUGGAUGCCAUCCUUCCUCCCUCUCGUCCCAUCGACAAGCCCCUCCGUCUGCCCCUGCAGGACGUCUACAAAAUCGGAGGUAUCGGAACAGUCCCCGUGGGCCGUGUGGAGACCGGCGUGCUGAAGCCCGGCAUGUUGGUCACCUUCGCUCCCCCCAACCUGACCACCGAGGUCAAGUCUGUGGAGAUGCACCACGAGUCCCUGCCCCAGGCUAUGCCCGGCGACAACGUGGGCUUCAACGUGAAGAACGUGUCCAUCAAGGAGAUCCGCCGCGGUAACGUCGCCGGUGACAGCAAGAACGACCCGCCCAAGGGCGCUGAUAACUUCAAUGCUCAGGUUAUCGUCCUGAACCACCCUGGCCAGAUCGGCCAAGGCUACUCCCCCGUGCUGGACUGCCACACAGCUCACAUCGCCUGCAAGUUCAAGGAGCUUGUCGAGAAGAUCGACCGUCGUUCCGGCAAGACGUUAGAGUCUAACCCCAAGUUCCUCAAGUCCGGAGAAGCCGCCAUUGUUAAUAUGGUUCCCUUGAAGCCCAUGGUGGUGGAGGCCUUCUCUUCCUAUGCUCCCCUGGGUCGUUUCGCCGUGCGUGACAUGAGGCAGACGGUGGCCGUCGGCGUCAUCAAGUCCGUGGAGACCAAGGAGGUGAGCGGAAAGACAACCAAGGCGGCGAUGAAGGUCCAGAGUAAGAAAUGAACGGUCGUGCAGGACAUCCAGCAAGGAGACCCGUGCCGGCAUCCCACCGCCUCCCCUCCCGACCUCGGCGCAUCACUGAUGCAGAGCUCAAUGCUCAAGGACUGGCUUAUGCUGAUUAAAACUCAUCGCAAAAGUUUUCGCAGGAAAAAUACAAAAAACUAUGGCUUUUGUCAGUAGAGCAAUGAAUGAGCGCAAUAAAAUUCCAUACCUGCCUAAUGAAA